UCGACUUAAAUAGUGAAAGGAACGAGUUCACCUCAAAUGUGAAAGCAACAUGAUGGGACUAUUAACUCUAUUAAGCCGUUUCCUGAUGGCAACUCUGGUGGCUCAAUAUGUCGGCGCCAAAACCUACGAACCUGUAAUGGUUAGUGUCUAUUACGAAGCAUUAUGUCCAGAUAGUAUUGACUUUGUCUUGGAACAGCUGUGGCCAACGUACAAAAAGAUUCCAAAGAUCAUCCAGUUAGAUCUUGUUCCGCAUGGAAAGGCGCGGACAAGGAUGUUGAAUGAUGGAACGUGGUUUUUCAGCUGUCAACAUGGUGAAAAUGAGUGUUACGGCAACUUAGUGCAGACUUGUGCAAUACAACUUUUGAACAACACUGACCAGUCACUCUCCUUUAUCCACUGCGCAAUGUCCUCCCCACAUCCAAAUUCUGCAGGACCCAAGUGCGCCGACAAACUGAAGCUUGCAUAUGAACCUAUUUCAAAGUGUGUAAACUCUGAGCAAGGAAAUAAAUGGCAGCAUAAAAUGGCAGAAAAAACCGACAAGCAAAAACUUCUCCACGAUUUUGUUCCAAGAAUAGUGAUAAACGGGGAAUAUUCUAGAAAAAACCAAAACAAAGCACUCUAUGAUUUCACGGGUCUCGUUUGUAAAACCUAUCGGGGUCCAAAACCAGAAGAAUGUCAUGAAACCAAAGACGACGAUCUGUAGACUGAAACAAAUGUAGUUUUAGGACAGAAUAAGUAUUUGCUGUUUGUUUGAUUUUUCUUAAUAAACUGGGGAUUCUUAUAAAUGGUCAACAAAACUA